UCAUCGUUAUGUUGCAAUGCAUGUGAAUUUUUACUUACUCGCAUAUUAGAGCACUAUUAGUUGCACACAAUGUGAAUAUUUACAGAUUUUCUUUCUCAAAACAGCAAAGAUCUUGCCAGUUGUGAAGAGACAACAUUUAUUGCUUUGCACCCUUUUAAUCUCCAACGCGGCUGCUAUGGAGGUAAACACUAUUAUUAGGAACAUGCAAACAGCUCUGGUGGCAAAUAGGCAUAACCAAGUAUCUAACAUGAAGUGUGUCGUUUUCCAGGCCCUCCCUGUUCUUCUUGAUAGUUUGGUCCCAGAUUUGGGUGCUAUUCUUAUUUCAGUGACGUUGAUACUUCUGUUUGGUGAGAUUAUACCACAGUCUAUUUGUACCCGAUACGGUUUGGUGAUUGGUGCAUCCGUGGCUCCAAUGGUUCGUGUACUUGUUUGGAUUUGCUUUCCCGUGGCAUAUCCCAUAAGCAAGCUCCUAGAUUUUUUGUUGGGAAAUGGGCAUGAACCUCUUUACCGCCGAGCUGAGUUGAAAACACUAGUUGACUUUCACAGUACUGAGGCUGGAAGAGGUGGAGAUUUGUCAAUUGAAGAGACGACAAUCAUCGCAGGAGCUCUCGAGCUCACUGAGAAAACAGCUAGGGAUGCAAUGACUCCUUUAUCUGAAACUUUCGCAAUUGAUAUCAACGCCAAACUUGACAGGGAUUUGAUACAUUUGAUCAUCGAGAAGGGACAUAGCAGAGUGCCGGUAUAUUAUGAGCAGCCAAGUAACAUCAUUGGACUUAUUCUGGUGAAGAAUUUAUUGACCUACAACCCAGCAAAUGACGUACCUGUGAAGAAUAUCAUUGUUCGCCAGAUUCCAAGGGUUUCAGAGACAAUGCCCUUGUACGACAUACUGAACGAGUUUCAGAAAGGUGUCAGCCAUAUGGCUGCUGUUGUGAAACAAGACAGUAACACAGUGGAGCAACGAGCUAGCAGACACACAGCCAAUGAUUCAAUGAGGGAAGUGAGAGUAGAUAUUCACAGUGAUAGGUUUUAUCACAAGAAAAUAUUGAAAACCAAGAGAUCGCUUAAAAAUCUGAAGAACCAGCCAGGAAACUCAAACAGAGUGAACUCAAGUAGUAGGAGGUGAUCAGAUCAUUAUCACCUGGAGGUCCGGCAGAUAAAUGACAAUUCGCUCUCAACGCCCACUAAAGAUGGGGAAGUCAUUGGCAUAAUAACUAUGGAAGAUGUCAUCGAGGAGCUCUUAAAAGAGGAAAUUUAUGAUGAGACAGAUCAUUAGUAAGCCUACUUGAUUCUGAUUUAGAAAUUACUACUUCAGUGAUGGAUAGACUAUUUAUUACAGAGGAAGAUAGUUGAUAACAAGUUGAAUACAUAGAAUAUCGAAUUUAUACUGAUACUGUUCAUAACCUUCCAAGGAAAAGUACAAGGCUCAGAACAAUUUACAGUUUAUAGGAGGGCAUAUCAUUUUAAGAUUUGCCUCUUUUUUUUUUUCUCUCUUUUUGUAAUGAUAAUAUGAUUUUAAAUUUAUUUGCAUUUUCAGAUUUCUUGAUCUAUACACGUUUGGCUACUAAGAAAAAGCAUAAUUCUAAGUAAAUAUGACAGCAACACAUGUUUGAAUGAUAAUAAUUUCAUUUGGAUGAAAAUGCAAAUAAAAUUUGAAGGAGCAGCAGUUUCUUGAUGCAUGCAAGUUUGGCUGCAGGGAAAGAACACGGUUCCAACCAAG